ACACUUGUUGCUCUCCUCCCUCUUGACUACUUUAGUUCCAACACAGAGAUUGGGAAUCCAGAUUGCAUUGGGAGAUAGGCAGAAGCUGAGGAAGAAAUAAUAUCUGCAUUGACCUAGGGUCCCAGAGGCUGAAAUACUGGGUUCCAUUUGUCUUCUUAAGGAGAGGCUGUGACCUGAAGGCUAAGCUCAAGGACUCCGGGAGGAGUCUCUGAAGUUUUCCCUUUACUUCAGCUAUUGACCUCCAGUCUUCCCCUGAAUAUUCCCAAAAAUGGAACGAUCCACACAAGAACUCUUCCUUAACUUCAUGAUUGUCCUGAUAACUGUGCUUCUCAUGUGGCUUCUAGUGAAAUCUUAUCAGGAGUAAAAGACAAUCUCAUGCUCCUUAAAUUCAUUUAAGCAUGCAUCUCUGCAGAAGUAUGUAACACCUCCUGUACAACAGUGUGACUUCCUUUAUAUUUGAUAAUGUAAUGAUUUUUUUACUCUCACGCUUCUGUUGCUUGUGCUGAUAGGUGUUUUAAUGGGUCUAUGAUGAUGUAAUUAUUAUAUUCUGUAGUGACCCAGCUGUAAAAUGGACAAGGCAGGGUCCUCAGUAGUUGCUACAUAUGACUCCCAGUAGUUACUGCAAAUGUAAUACACUGACCCACAAUGCUUACCUCUUUGGUAUCACCACCAGGCUCACCGUGGUACAAGACUGUAAUAUUCAGUAUGUGUCUUCAUAAACUGAAACAAAAAAGGCACAAACUAACUUAGCUGAAAGAAAGUGGAAACUUUUCUUUCAUUCACUGUUGUGCUCUCUUGAAUAAAGGAGAAGAUGUAAAACCA